AUGGAGUUAAAAGCUACAUAUCUUAUUUUUAAAAUACUGCUGCUAUCAGCUGUUUUGCAGGGUGACGAUGAUGCAAAUCCAAAUGAGUUUGGUUCAAAUGGAGGAAAAAGACCCUAUACCUUAUUUCAGGGGCACUCAGGACCAGUUUAUUCAGCUUCUUUUAGUCUUAUGGGAGAUUUUAUACUUUCCUCUUCAGCCGAUUCAACAAUUCGGUUAUGGAGCACUGAACUAAAUGCAAAUCUUGUUUGCUACAAGGGUCAUAAUUACCCAGUAUGGGAUGUACAGUAUAGUCCUGUAGGACACUAUUUCGCUAGUGCAUCACACGACCGGACAGCAAGGAUAUGGUCUAUGGAAAGAAUACAACCUUUGCGAAUAAUGGCAGGGCAUUUAUCUGAUGUUGAUUGUGUGCAAUGGCAUGCCAACUGCAACUACAUUGCCACUGGUUCUAGCGACAAAACAGUUCGACUGUGGGAUGUCCAGAGUGGGGAAUAUGUCAGAAUAUUCAUUGAGCAGUCUAUACUUGAUCACAAUAGAUUUUGCAACAAGAAAACAGGUUGA